AUGGAUGCUUACUCUAGGUACAACCAGAUCUUCAUGCACCCUAAAGACCAAGCCCACACCUCCUUCAUCACGAAUCGUGGUCUAAACUGCUAUAAGGUGAUGCCUUUCGGGCUCAAGAAUGCUGGGGCUACUUAUCAACGCCUGUUGAACAGCCUCUUCGCCCCACUGAUUGUUAACACCAUGGAGGUUUAUGUUGAUGACAUACUAGUCAAGAGUCGCACUGCUGACCAGCACAUCCUUAACCUCUCUGCCAUGUUCACCAUGUUGAAGGAGUAUAGAAUGAGGCUCAACCCUACCAAGUAUACAUUCGGGGUGGCUUCAGGCAAAUUCCUUAGCUUCAUGAUCAGCCAGAGAGGUAUUAAGGCCAAUCCAGAGAAGAUCCAGGGCAUCUUAGACAUGACGAUACCCAAGACGGUUAAGGACAUUCAGAGCCUUACCGGGCGUGUCGCAGCCCUGACCAGAUUCAUCUCCAAGGCUACUGAUCGCUGUGCCCCAUUCUUCAAGGCACUUAAGGGUAGCAAACGAAGUAUUACCUGA